CGGUUUGUACGAUUCAGUGGUAGGUGUUUGUAUGUGUGCUCAGUUUUCGUAAGGAAAAGUUAACUCGUCGUCGUCGUCGUCGUCGUCGAUACUGGCCAUCAAGAGGCGAGCAAAGCGAAAAGACCGAACGCGAGCAGUCAGUCAGCCAGCCACUAGAACCGAAUCAAGUGGGGAGAAGAGAAAGAAAUAUUCACAAAUCCAAAAUGGACGAACUCUUGGUGGAAGUAUGCGGCGAAAACGGAGCCAAUUAUAAGGGAGUUGUUACGGAUGUCUUUGACGAUGGAGUCAUGGUGGCAUUUGAAAAUGACUGGCAGGAGGAAUCGAAGUUUCUGUUCAAUCAAGUUCGUCUACCUCCGACCGAGACUGCGACCACCUUCUGCGAACACAUGGAAGUCGAAGUGUACUCCCGAUCUAACGAAAACGAAGCAUGUGGGUGGUGGCGAGCGGUAAUCAAGAUGAUGAAAGGUGACUUUUUUGUGGUGGAAUAUCUCGGCUGGGACAAUAGCUAUACGGAAAUUGUAUCGGCCGACAGGCUACGGGUGAAGAACACUAAUCCUCCGAUCAACGAUAAGACCUUUUUUCGAUUCGAAAUCGAUGUGCCGGAAGACAUUCGAGAAUAUUCUUUGUUGAAUAGUGCCAAAAUCGACGGCGUACAUCGGGAGUUUCAGAAGGCAAUCGGUGCGGCCGAAUGUCGGUACGUCCCGGAACGAGGCACGCUGUUGGUAAUUUCACGCAGUGAAUCAACCCAGCGGCGAGCAAACAUGAUACAGGAGAUGUGUUUCCGGAAUUUGGGCCAGAAGGUGAUGCUCCUAAAACGAACGGAAGAAGCUGCCAGACAACUAGAAUCGACAAAGCUACACAGUUCGGGCGGAAGUUUUACUAACAAUCAGAGAAUUUCCGCUUUUAUCGGACAAUCAAUGAAUGAGAGAUUUACGGACGAGUUCAAAGUACGGGAGGAUUUGAUGGGACUGGCUAUUGGGGCACACGGGGCCAACAUUCAGACCGCGCGCAAGCUGGACGGAGUGCUGAACAUCGAGUUGGAGGAAAACACAUGCACCUUCAAAAUCUCUGGAGAGACUGAGGAAGCGGUCAAGAAGGCUCGUGCUAUGCUCGAGUACAGCGAAGAGUCGUUGCAGGUCCCCCGGAAUCUCGUCGGCAAGGUGAUCGGCAAGAACGGGCGCAUCAUCCAGGAGAUUGUCGAUAAAAGCGGCGUCGUUCGUGUAAAGAUCGAAGGCGACAACGAGCCGGAACCGAGCAUCCCGCGGGAGGAAGGCCAAGUGCCGUUCGUGUUUGUCGGCACGGUCGAAAGUAUCGCCAAUGCCAAGGUACUGCUCGAGUAUCAUCUAGUGCAUUUGAAGGAAGUCGAACAACUGCGGCAGGAAAAGCUGGAAAUCGAUCAACAGCUACGGGCAAUUCAGGGCGCCACGAUGGGUUCGAUGCAGAACUUUUCGAUGAGUCGCCGAACGGAUCGUGCGUACAGUAGCGAUGUCGAAGGCGGUUCCCGAUCGAACCGGGGCGGUAUGCGUGGCCGCGGUGGUCGCGGUGGACGGGGAGGCAAUAUUCGAUACACAGGUCGGCGAGAUGUCGGUGACGAAGAGUACACCCCACGAGGAAGUGGUGGUGGCGGAGGCGGUGGAGGUGGCGGUGAUCGUGGCGGCGACCAGCGAAAUAACUAUUCUGAAGGUCGAGGCAAUAACCGUCGAGGUUACAGCGAGAAGCGUGGCACCAGUAGCGGCGGGGGCAAACGACCGGACCGGAACAAAUCGCAGGGUCAGGUGGGUGGGCCCUCUUCUUCGUCGGGAUCUGCCGGACAGGGUGGCUCGGGCGGUGGUAGCCAGCAGCAGCACUACCAGCCACAAACACAGCAACAGACAGCUGGACUAGACGAUCCGUGGUCCGAUUUUGUCGAGGACACCAAUCGGGACAGUACUCGUGAGAUGAAUAGUGUUGAUAGAGAUAGUCACUCGUCGAAUGAAGGUACCCACAAUCGAAGUCGCCGAAGAUCGAAGAAUCGGGGACACUCGAACAAAUCUAAUGGAAACGUCCAAUCGAUGAGUGUGAAAUCGGGUAAUGCUACUGCCAAUAGUACACAACAUCAGCAACAACAACCUGGUACCGCAGACCUACAUGACAACAGUAGCAACACGAACGUCGCCGGUAGUACUAAGCAGCAACCGAAUCAUCAGCACAGUGCAGCUAAUGCGAACAACGCUAGCAAUAAUAACAGUAAUAGCACAUCGCAUCAGCAGCAGUUGCAGCAGCAUCAGCCACAGCCAAAGGCUCAGCGGGAUCGAGACAAUGGUCCUCGAAACCGCGGUGGCCGAGGAGGUGGCGGCGGCGGCGGUGGUGGUGGCAAGCAUAAGCAGAAUCAGCAUCAGAGUAUCCAGAAUCAGGCAGCUGCUGGCGGCUCCCUGAACAGUAACAGUACCAAUGCUGAGCAUCAUCACCACCAGCAGCAGCAACCGCAGCAGCAACAACAGCCGCACAAUCCGGUUGGCGGUGGCAAAGAAACGCUCGUUAAUGGCUCCUCAUAGAACCAGCUGGUUAGAGCCCAUCUGCUUCUGGUGGGGGCGUGAACUAAAGAUAUAUAAAACACACCUACUAUAACUACUACUACUAAUAAUAAACACACCCGCAUAUGAAACAAUGAGAAGUUAAAAAAACUUACACAAAAUAGAGGAAAACUUACUCGACUCGACAACAACUAAUUACGAAUAUUUGGCGUAUAUUCAGCAGACAAGCAAAAGCAGCGCAGAGAACAGUUAUACCGACAGUUGAGGUAGAGAACUCUGCCAAGUAAAUGUUUUGUGCUGAAAGUAGCGAACACAAAUCGUCGUCCUCGUCGUUGUCGUCGUCUCGUAGAUGUGAGAGCAACAAUAAGUUAGACACUCACGCAAAAACAAAUGCAUAACCAUUGGUGAAAAUAAGGGAAACAAAAACAAGGCGUCAAUGCUUUGACGACAUAAUCACAAAAGAGAAAGGAACGAAAAAUAAUGUAAACAUAAACAAGCACGUUUAUUGAACUAUAUAGCUUGCAGUAUUUUGAAUAAGAAUCCUUUACACAUAUUUUAUCCAUUUAUUCUUGCUCCCAAUAUUCAUUGCACCUCAUUCGUUUUCCAUCGGUUCGAAAGUAAGUUUCCCAAAUUUUCAGGUAAGCAAAAAAGAAAGUUGGAAAGUUUUCCUAAUUCACUUCGUAACAGUUAAAGGCAGGAGUAGAGCGAAUAGUGAUCAAAAUUAUUUUUUUAUAUAUUAUUUUCUUUUUCCACAAAAAUAUUGGUGUCCGAAGAGGAAAACGUUAGAAAAGACAAAAUUACAAUAGAACACACACGCACGACGAAAUCAAGAAGAUAUCAACUUAUACCCAGAUUCAUAAUUGCAGAAAUGUUCAAGCAUAUUGUUUCCCUUAAGUAGAUCGAGCUAUGUUAGUAGACAAGCGUUAACACACACACAUACAAGUUAGCCGGAGCAAAGAUGAACGGCGGCAUGCCCAUUUAGUCAAAACAAAUCGCAUAAACUGGCUGCAAAUCCACUACUUUUUCAGCUUUUGUUUAAAGUAAAAAACAAAUCAAAUAUGAGAUAUAGUUCUAGUUAGACAAAGGAAAGGAAGCGAAAAACCGACUACGCGCUGGUUAGACUAUUUUCUAUCAAUUUAAGUGCUUGUAAUUUCGUCGUUAUUCUCAUGUCCCUCCCCCCGUUGUUUUUUCUUCGUCUAUUUUUACUUCUAUCCUACUCCUAUCCUGCCUGUGUUCUACACUAUCCUUUCCUUUCUCAGCCUGUUGUUGAGUAGAAAGAAGUAUCGCACCGUGCCGUGCCAGCGUUCACCGCCGCUGCUGCUGUGUGCACAGGUCUAACGAUCGCGAAUAUCAAUCGUGGCAAAGCACCGGAACUGAUCCAACGUUCAUUUCCUGAUCAGAAUGGAAGAUGAAAACAGGAAAGAGGAAAAGAAAAACAAACAAACAAGCUCAUCCCAAGCAUUAUAUUUUUUUAUAAUUUCUAGUUUCUAGUUUUACGCGCUAUUUAGUCUUUUCACUGAUAUUUUUAUUUAUUAUAAU